AUGCAGCGGCUGGCGUGUACUGUAAAUGGUAAUGACGCUAGUAAAGGGACAAAAGAGGGACGAAUAGAGACGGAUUGUGUGGAGCGCUACAGCGGCGGCAGGGGACACGGAGGAACGUGUGGUGGGUGCGCUGAGCCGCGGCGCCUGGGCUUGUUAUUGAUGUGGGAGAAAAUGUGCGCAGACAGGAAACCACGCUGCCAGCUGUCCCCCCCAUUAGGACGAUAUGGCGGAAGGAUGGGCCGCGAUGGAGGGACGUCUCGUGAUAAUGACUCGAUUUCAACCAGUGGGUUUGUGUCUCUUUGA